GCGACCCUGUAGAACAGGAUAAAGCGGCUAGAGAUAAUGAGAUGAGAUGAGACAUCCACACACACAAAAAAAACGCAAGUUAAUCAAAACAGUUUUAAUUUUGAACCGGUUCACCAUUUUGACGUGCGUCCAGUCAGUGGGAAAACACUGGGAGUGACGUCAUCAGAGCGAAAUAUAGGAAAAUAUGUCACUCAGAUCCGCGAUGUAUUUCGUAGGAAAAAUGCAAGUUUUUCGAUAUGAGAAGUUAAACUUCAUUUCUUCAAGCCAACGGGUGAUGUUCUUUUUCUUAUAUAGACACAUUCACAAAGUACUCAAAUUUAUCAAAACAAUUCAUCAAUUUCCUCACGAGUGACAUAUAGAUAUUUAUGUCACAGUUUUGGAUCUCCAUGUCCCAGAUGUAGCUCGUAUUAAACAUACAAGUAGUGGUAUAUUUCCCAGUAAAACACUUGUAUUCAUAUAUUAAAAUAUAUAUAUUAUAUACACACACCAGCGAGUGGCCUAGUGGUUAGUGUCCCCGCCUCUCGAUCGGGAGAUCGCGAGUUCUACUCACGGUCGGGUCAUACCAAAGACCAUUAUAAAAAUGGUGCCUACUGCUGUCUGGCAAGGCAUGCUGCAAUACAGAUGACCUUCAUUACUACCUGCUGGCUAAUCAAAAACUGAAAUCAUUCUCUGCAUCAUGUCACUGUUGACACACGUAUUGGCUUGCCUCUUUGGCAUUGGGUCAUGGGUCGCCAUCAAUGGGAUGUGGGUUGAGCUCCCACUGAUUGUACAUGAGAUCCCUGAACGUUGGUACCUGCCCUCCUACCUCACUGUAAUCAUCCAGUUGGCGAAUGUUGGACCACUUUUCAUCACACUAAUGCACCACUUCAGGCCAGGAGCACUGGAUGAACGACCAGUCAUCUAUACAAUUGUAGUGUUGGGCAUUCUGGCCACCUUCCUACUGGCCUUCCUUUGGAAGCACACACUAUUUGUUGGAAAUAAUCUACACAGUGUAGCUCUGCUGUCUCUCAGUUUCCUACUCUCAGUAGUGGACUGCACCUCCUCUGUCACCUUCCUGCCAUUUAUGAUGAGGCUCCAGCCUCGGUACCUCACUACCUAUUUCGUUGGAGAGGGCCUGAGUGGCCUGAUUCCAGCUCUGGUGGCUCUGAUUCAGGGUGUCGGGGUGGUCCAAUGCAAAAAUGCUACAGCAAAUGCAAAUUUAAGCAUUGUCAACUACACUGAAGGGACCAGUGGUGAACUAGAGGCACAUUACCAACCAGCUAACUUCUCUGUCCAGGUUUUCUUCCUGUUCCUCAGCAUCAUGAUGGCAAUGUGCCUGGGUGCUUUCGUGAUGCUCAACUACUAUCCUGCUGUAGUCCAAGAACAUAAAUGUGAGAAGUAUCUUGGUAAUGCAAAGCACCAAGAAAAGGCUGACAUUAGCCUCACCUUGCAGAACCAUCCAGCAGAACAGACACCCAUGCUGGAACAUCCAGAGGGUCCAACAAAUAAACCUCGCAGCACCUUUGGGAAAGGCACCUACAACAGAGUAGAGGUGGUCUUCAUUUUUGUUGUUCUGGCUUGGGUUAAUGCAUUAACCAAUGCGGUUCUCCCUUCAGUACAAUCCUACUCCUGCCUGCCGUAUGGUAAUCAGGCCUAUCACUUGGCGACUACUAUGGCUGCAGUGGCUAACCCUGUGGCCUGCUUUAUCGCCAUGUUUUUCCCAAUCAGGUCUCUGAUGUUGAUGGGGGUUCUCACAGUGGCUGGUACAGGAUUUGGAGCCUACAUCAUGGCCAUGGCAGCACUAAGUCCCUGUCCUCUAUUGGUUCAUCAUGAAUUAGGAGCUGCACUCAUGGUGAUAACUUGGGUGAUAUUUGCCCUCACUCUGUCCUAUGUGAAGGUGAUCGUUGGUGUGAUCCUGCGAGAUGAAGGACGCAGCGCCCUUGUGUGGUGUGGUGCUGUAGUGCAACUCGGUUCCAUGUUAGGGGCCAUGUCAAUGUUUCCUUUAGUCAGUGUUUAUGGACUCUUCAAAUCAGGUGAUCCCUGUAACACUAAGUGCCCCAAAUGAAACAAGCUUAAUUAAAUGAUGGUGAUGGUAAUGCAUAAAUGUGUUGCAGUUAAUUUCGAAUAAAAAACAAAGAAAGGAGAGGACCAGUUACAAUAGUACUGUGAAUAUUUUACUGGUACAGAGACUCUACUGAAAUGUUAUGCAAGAAUUAGUUCUCUUUAUCGAAAUACUUGCACUGUAUUAAGUACCCUUUAAAUGCACUAGAUUAGUUACACAAGAUAGAGCUAUAAUGUUACAGACCAGUGUAAAGAUAUAGCUGUAUGUCAUGGUUAAUGUUAAUUUAACUGAUGCUUACUGAAAAGUGCCUUCGUAGUAUGCUAUUUAAAGCAACUGUUCAUUUUUUAAUGUUUUAAAUUGUUUAUUACUUUUUUAAGUUGUAAUGCUUUAAUUCAAAUUAUUGCUGGUCAAAUUAAAUACAACCCUGU